AUGCCACCUCGAAUACCAACCCGUGCGGCCCUGCGCUGUCCUUCUGGUCGUCUCUUCUCGACUUCGUACUCCCGUCUCAGCAAGGUUGAGCUGGCAUACACCCGCCAUGACCCUCACCACCCCACGACCGAGCCACACUCGCCCAUCCUUCUUAUGCACGGUCUCUUCGGCUCCCAGCGGAAUAAUCGCACGAUGAGUAAGGUCUUAGCUCGAGACCUUUCUCGCCCAGUCUACACACUCGACCUGCGCAACCAUGGUGAUAGCCCCCAUGCUGCGACCCAUACCUACACCUCCAUGGCUGAGGACGUCGAGGCGUUCAUCAGCACGCACUCGAUCCCCACGCCUAUCCUCAUCGGGCACAGUAUGGGCGCAAAAGUCGCCAUGACAAUGGCCCUCCGCCACCCAACCGCCUACUCAGCCCUCAUUCCCGUGGACAACGCACCCAUCGACGCGGCCCUCAAGUCCGACUUCGGCGCCUACGUCACGGCCAUGAAGAAGAUCGAAGACGCCCGCCCGCCGAUCACAAAACAGUCGGAAGCCGACGCCAUCCUCGCCGAGUACGAGAAGGAAGUCUCGAUCCGCCAGUUCCUGCUCACGAACCUGGUCAAAGGCCCUGUGGCGACAGCCGAGGGCAACGGGCAGACCAAGCCGCAGACGGCGCUGCGGUGGCGCAUCCCGCUGCAGACGCUGGCAAAGAGCCUGCCGGACAUGGCGGACUUUCCGUUUCGGCAGACAGGGGAAGCGAGGUAUGAGGGUCCCACCCUGAUAGUGAGGGGCACGAAGAGCCACUAUGUGAGUGAUGAGAGUUUGCCGGUUAUUGGGUCCUUCUUCCCCCGCUUUGAGCUGCUGGAUAUUGAGGCCGGCCACUGGGUGAUGAGUGAGAAGUUUGAGGAAUUCAGGGCCGGGGCGGUGGAGUGGAUUAAGAGAGUGGUCGAUCGGGAGUAA